UUUGGUUUCUGAGGAGGAUUUCAGUUCAGCCGAACCCUGUUGUUGCAGUGGGACUCUGGCUGCACCAUCUAAUCCUCUAUUCAGUAGCCAUUUUGAUUUGUCCUCCCUAACAAAAUGGCGACGGAAGGUUUUCAAUACCUCGCCCUCUACACAUUUACCAAGGACCAGGAAGAGGACCUGGAUCUGCAGCCCGGGGACCUUCUGACAGUCAGCAAGGCCUCUCUGCUGUCCAUGGAGAACUACCAGGAGGGCUGCGUGGAGCAGCCUGAGCGCCUCGGCUGGCUCCUCGGGUACAACGAGCGCACUAAACAGAGAGGCGACUUCCCAGGGACGUAUGUCGAGUAUGUGGGCCCCGUGAAGAUGGCGCUCCCAUCGAGUCAACCCAGGUCCCAGCGACCCCUCCCUGCUGCUCCAAGACCAGAGUCGUCCCAAGCUGUUUCUGUGCUGGACCUGAGCGAGCAGUUCACACCGCCAGAGACGGCUCCCCCAGCCCUCGUCAGCCUGAUCCAAGCCAUAGAGAAGAGAGGUCUGGACUGCACGAUAUUGUACAGAACAGCUGUUUCCUCAGGUUCAGACAGCCCAGUGUACAGCCUGAGCUCUGAGGGUGAGAUGUGUCAGAAAGAUGUUGGUUACCUGUCCGAGUGUGUGCUGAGCUACCUGAGAGACCUACCGUCACCCAUCAUCCCUGCCUGUUUCUACGCUCCCCUUCAAACUGCUGUCACACUGCAGCAGCAGGUCCUACAGCAGUCAGCAGAUGGUGCAGUCGCUGGAAGCCAUGACAGGGAGGUAAGCCUGGUCCUCGAGAGCUCCACCUCCGUCCCUCUCCAUCACCGUCUCACACUGCAGUACCUCCUCACACACCUGACCAAGGUCACUCAGGCGCAGGCCAGUAACGGCCUGGACACACACACGCUAGGACAGAUCUUUGGGCCGCUGCUGAUACGAACAGGCCCCUCCACCCCUUGGUUGUCAGUCGAUGAGGAGUUCCCUGCACUUGUGGUGGAGAGGCUGCUGAUAGAGAGAACGACGGAGCAAGACCUUGCUCCUCCAGUUCUUCCAGCAAAGCCAGUCAAGUCACAAAUGGCACCAUCAGCCAUGACAGACACAAGCAGCCUGCUGAAUGAUGCUGAGUGGUACUGGGGGGAAAUCUCAAGAGAGGAGGUGAACGAGAAGCUGCGAGACACUCCAGAUGGCACCUUCCUGGUCCGAGAUGCCUCCAGUAAACUGGAGGGGGAGUACACUCUCACCCUCAGGAAAGGGGGGAACAACAAGCUUAUAAAGAUUUACAACCGAGACGGGAGGUACGGCUUCUCUGAGCCUCUUACCUUCCUGUCUGUAGUGGAGCUCAUCAAUCACUAUCGCCAUGAGUCCCUGGCCCAAUACAACGCCAAACUGGACACCAAGCUUCUGUUCCCUGUCUCCAAAUACCAACAGUUGGUGAAGGAGAACAGCAUAGAGGAGGUGGGAGAGCAGCUGAAGGUCUAUCAUGAGCAGUACCAGGAGAAGAGCCGCGAGUACGACUCUCUGUACGAGGAAUACACACGCACCUCACAGGAGCUGCAGAUGAAGCGCACAGCCAUCGAGGCCUUCAAUGAGACCAUCAAGAUCUUUGAGGAGCAGUGUGAGACUCAGGAGCGCUACAGCAGAGAGUCUUUGGAGCGAUUCCAACGCGAGGGCAACGAAAAGGAGAUUCAAAAGAUCCAGAGCAACUCUGAGCGUUUGAAGUCUCGGGUGAAGGAGAUCCACGACAGCAAGCGUAAGCUGGAGCAGGACCUGAGAGAGCAGGUCUCUGAUAACCGAGAGAUCGACAAAAAGAUGAACAGCCUCAAGCCGGAUCUCAUGCAGCUCCGCAAAAUCAGAGACCAGUACUUGAUAUGGCUGACUCAGAAGGGGACAAGGCAGAAGAAGAUCAAUGAAUGGCUGGGCAUAAAGAAUGAUGCCGAUGACUCUUACUCACUGGAGGAGGAUGAGGGUUCACCCCACCAUGAUGAGUGUACCUGGUAUGUGGGUGACAUCAAACGCACCCAGGCUGAGGAGAUGCUGAGAGGCAAAUGUGACGGGACCUUCCUCAUCCGUGAAAGCCAAUCACAGAAGGGCUCCUACGCCUGUUCUGUAGUUGUGGAGGGUGACACCAAGCACUGUGUCAUCUACAAGACGGCCACAGGUUAUGGAUUCGCCGAGCCCUACAAUCUCUACUCGUCCCUUAAAGACCUGGUGCUCCACUACAAAAACGUCUCCUUGGUCCAACACAACGACCAUCUGAAUGUAAAUCUAGCCUACCCAGUCCUGGCCCGCUCUCAGAACCAGAACCAGCACCCCAGAUGAAUUAUUCACCAGCAGUGUCGGACGCCAUCCAGGGAGGGGAAACUAAAUUUUCACUCAUUGCAUUGGGGAAAAAAUAAUCCUCUGAACAAAGCUUGUUGUUGUUAAAGUGGCGAAGAGAAAAAGACUCAACAGUCACUAUUUAAAAUUCAUAAGUUUUUGGCUUGAGGCUGGUGAUCAUUUCCCACACCAACUUCAGUCCAGCAAAGAGCACUCCUUGCUAACAGCAUGGCUUCAAAAUAAGCACACUACCACCAGUAUGGAAGCUCUGUACAGUUAGCCUGGCUGACGCAGUGAGUUUUAACUUGAGGAGCGUGUCGCAUUAGCCAGCCUUGACUAUACAGUGUCAGUUAUGAAACAAAGUGUGAGAAAUCACAUGAAAAUACCUUUGAUUCAGGAAAAAAAACCCAGAAUAAAUGUGUUCAAAGAAGUCAAAAUAAGCACACAAAAUGUUGUUUUCAAGAUCGUGGAGAAGAUGAUAGAAACCAGAUAGUGGGAUGAAUUUACAGGAGGCACUUUUCUUUUUCCUUUUUUUUUUUUUUUUUGCCUUGAACACGUGAUAACUGUCCAUAGACAAAGGCCCGAUCUGUCAUCCCCCAGACUGCCUGCAAACUCUCCGUAGACAAAAGCCUGAGCUGUCAUCUACUGAAAGGACUGGCUUGGCUAAACCAGGCUGCUCGCU